UAGCCUGCUGCCAGCAAUAGCUAGCCAGUUUCAAGGCAGCUUUCAAACCAACAGGCUAACAGAUCCUCGCUACACACCGACAGAGAUGGGACCAAAAAAGAGAGGGGCGAGGAAGAGAAAGGCAGAGACGGAGACCAAAAUAGAGAAGCCAGAUGAGUCAGGUGGAGGUGUGCCCUUUGAGCACAAGACAAGCCAAGGAAACAAGAACGGGAGAGAGGGGAAGAACAAGUACAUUGGAGCGCACGUUUCCAUAGCAGGAGGUAUAUGGAAAGCUGUGGAGGCCAGUGUGGAAAUGAAGGGUCGCAGUUUUGCCCUGUUCCUGGGAUCUCAGCGCUCCUGGCAAAGACCCCCUCUGGACAACGCAGCAGCAGUUAAAUUUCAGGAGGCAUGCAGCUCCCACGGCUUCAACCCAAACCAUGUCCUACCACAUGGGUCCUAUCUGAUGAACUGUGGCUCACCCAAGCAAGAUGUGUUUGAGAAGAGCCAGGCCAUGUUGGUGGACGAGCUCAGCAGAUGCAGAGCUCUUGGACUCACUCAAUUUAACCUGCACCCGGGGGCGGCCAUGGGCUCCACCACGGAGCAGUGCCUGGACAGGAUUGCACAGGCCAUAAACCACGCUCACCAACAAAUCCCCUCCGUCACCACAGUGCUGGAGAAUAUGAGUGGUCAGGGCAGCACCAUUGGAGGUCAGUUCAGUGAGCUGAAGGGUAUAAUUGACCGGGUGCACGAUCAAUCGCGGGUCGGGGUGUGCUUGGACACAUGCCAUGCUUUUGCUGCAGGAUAUGACAUAUCUGUGUCUGGUGGGGUGAAGUCCAUGUUAGAGGAGUUUGACAAGGUGGUGGGACUGCAUUACCUCCGAGCUAUCCAUCUCAAUGACUCCAAAGGUAAACUGGGUUGUCAUCUUGACCGGCACGAGGAUAUUGGGCAUGGCCAGAUAGGCCUACAAGCAUUCCGUGAGCUAGUGAAUGAGCCUCUGCUGGACAACAUUCCUCUGAUCUUAGAGACCCCUGGGCGACCAGGCUUUGAGUAUGCUGAACAGAUUGAGUUGCUGUACUCCCUCUGUGAGGACUAAAGACCUGCUGAGAGAGAGGCCCUUCUUUGAGCCUCCCACCACUUCCCUGACACCUCCACUGAUCUUGACCAGUACUCUUCUGAAGCAUUACUUUGUUUUGUAUUUGUUAUAAUUUCUGUUAUAUGUGUUCUUCUCAAGUUCAUAAAAGAAUGAGAUUUUUGUAA